CCCACCUACAGACACAGGAGACGUCAGGCCUGGCGACGCCUCACUAACAACUGCGCCUCACCUCGACGAAGCUCCAACCUCCAACGUCAACGUCGACCGACCCCGCCGAGCUCCGUGUUCACCGUCGACAUCUACAUUCGUGCUAUUUCUAGUUAAUUGAGGACGUCUGAGGACGUAUUUGCUGCCAUGUCUCAAUCCCUCCGACCCUACCUGCAAUGCGUACGCAGCAGCUUGACCGCCGCGCUCACACUCUCCAACUUUGCUUCCCAGACCGCCGAGCGACACAAUGUUCCAGAGAUUGAGGCCCAGACGUCUCCCGAGGUCCUGCUGCAGCCCUUGACCAUUGCGCGCAACGAGAACGAGCGUGUCUUGAUUGAGCCCAGCAUCAACUCCGUCCGUAUCAGCAUCAAGAUCAAGCAGGCCGAUGAGAUUGAGCAUAUCCUGGUCCACAAGUUUACAAGAUUCUUGACGCAACGUGCGGAGUCCUUCUUCAUUCUGCGGAGGAAACCUAUCAAGGGUUAUGACAUUUCUUUCCUGAUAACAAACUUCCACACCGAGGAAAUGCUGAAGCACAAGCUUGUCGACUUUAUUAUUCAGUUUAUGGAAGAGGUCGACAAGGAGAUCUCUGAGAUGAAGCUAUUUUUGAACGCUCGAGCACGAUUCGUGGCCGAGUCUUUCCUUACACCGUUUGACUAAACCCCUCAGCUGGUUUGAGGCUCGGAGUUUGCUUGGGAGUGUCGGUUGUCGCAAUGUUUCUGUGACCAGGCAAAGGGUAUUAACCAUUCAUGAUGGCAUUGAACUGCUGAGGCUCUGAUAGGUGAGCCUCAUGCUGUGGUGAGGAAGGAGGUUCAAGAGAACGACAUUAGACAUAAACCUUGCCGACCUUACCGAGUUGAAAUGCGUAUCUUUCUGGAAACGAAGCCUUUAUUGCAUCUGACAACAUCAUUCUUGGGAUAGAGGCCAUGGUUUUAUGCCGGAAUUAGUACGUAAAGUUCUUUAGUGAGAACACUACCAGUUGAGGAAGGAGGCAUGGUCGUGAUUGCCUCAUGGGAUCAAUGGGUCUUUACGUAAGACAUCAACACGUUCUUGAACCAACUACCAUUAUCUCAUCCUUCAUAAUUCAUCAACUAUCAUUUUUCAUAAGCAUUAUUGUUACCAUUAUCCUUGUUCUAUCAGUUACUGGCCACUGCUGAAUUCAAUUCUCACAAUAACCCUCAACAACAAUUCAACAACAAGUGCCUAUUGCACUAUUUCAGGCUUGACAACGCUAAUCAGUCAAGCCUGCACCUUUAUCUCUUUAAAUCAGUCACUGAGAUUCUUCUGCUUUCUCUUUCUGCCUUUUGCCUUUUGCAGUUGGCAUUGUUUCUUCCCUUUCAUCCUCCAACCCUGACCACUCUUCAACCUUGAUAAUUUGGGUCGUUCCGCUCUAUCAACUCAGAUCAUAUUGAAAUCUUUCAAGAUAGCUUGACCAAGACCAGUGCUAGCCUUCAGAUACUUUGAAGACAUUUCCUUGUUUUCUUGCCUACGCCCUUACGCCCUCCAUACCCGAGACCCAAAACCGCGAGCCCCAAACCCGAAAA